AUGUUUAGAAAGAAACCGGCUCAGGUUACAUUGGAAGAGCUAGAACAAACAUACAAUGAUUGUUGCAGCGAAACGAUAAAGAAUCUAACAUUGGAAGAGGAAAAUAAUGUUGACGAGGCAUUGAAAGGAUGGAAAAGUCUACAUACAACUUUGCUUUACAAGUUGGAUCUAUUCGACAAGUAUAGUGCCAAGUUGGAGCCGCAGGAAAAGACAAUAUUAGACAGCCUAAAGAGUAUACGUGACGAAAAUGUCAAGCAUUUGAUAAGGGUGCAGCUCAGGCUAGAUGAAAAGAACAGAAGGUUGAAACGCGAGGCAAGUGGAGCACCACCACCGCCACCUUCAAGACACACUAGGGAUAAAACAGUUCCUUCAUUGAGGAUUAACCUGUCCUCGAGUUCUUUUGGAAGUUCGUCGUCACCUUCGCUGAGGCCAAUGAUGAAGUCGUUGCGUCCACAUCCCAAUGGAGGAUCAAGUAAGGCUCCAAGCACCAGAUUAGCCAACGAAUCUGUCCAGCAAGCUUCUCAAGCAGCAUCAAAGUCUUGGCAAAAGCCACCCAAGUAUAAAUUUGAAAUGUCAUCUGCACCAAAAGUUGAAAUUUCAAGCUACUUUGCCGAUUUUGACCAAGAUACAUACACCACGAAAGGUGGUGACAACUGGGAAAAAGUUGACUCAUCCAGAUCGUCAUCAGGAUUAUCAGAAAAGUCUGACGAACCCAAUUUAAUAGAUAUGGAUGAUGGUACUGACUCAAAGAAUAUAUACCGGUCCAUGGAUGAUUUAACAAUAAAAAUGGUUUCCGAUAGUCCUCCAAAAGGUUCGCAAACAAAGAUUCAAAAAGGUGCAUCCCCAGUCGAACAUAUUUCAAAAAGCACUACCGAUGUUCGUCCCAAGGCCAAAGGACCCUACGUUUACAACAAACCUAAACCACUCAAUUUACACAAGUUGAUGCAGCAGCUGAAGAAACCGACUCCAGUGCCCACACCUGCCAGCAAGCCGAAAUCGACAAUUACCUACAAUUACGUUAAACCCAAAACCACCCAGGUCAAAACCAGACCAGCAGCAACUAAUGGAUCAGCUAAUGGCGCAACCAAGAAAGCUACACCCAAGAAACCAGAGCCUGAAGAGGAGAAGGAAUCGAUAAAUAGUCCAACUAUGGAUGAUUUAUUAAGUGGUUACGACGGAGAUAAAUUUGAACCGUCAGAUCCAGUAUAUGCAUUGACGACGGAGAAGGAACAGGAUGCUUUGAUUGCUUCGGUUCGUGGUAUUGACCCACUUGCAGCUAAAAACAUUUUGAAUGAUGUUGUUGUACGUGGUGACGAGGUUUACUGGGACGAUAUAGUUGGAUUGGAAGGCGCCAAAAGCUCAUUAAAGGAAGCUGUGGUAUAUCCGUUUUUGCGUCCCGAUUUGUUUAAAGGAUUGAGAGAACCAACAAGGGGGAUGUUGCUUUUUGGUCCCCCGGGAACCGGGAAAACAAUGUUGGCGAGAGCUGUUGCCACGGAAUCGCAGUCUACAUUUUUCAGCAUCAGCUCUUCUUCAUUAACGUCAAAAUAUUUGGGUGAGUCAGAGAAACUAGUCAAGGCGUUAUUCUUAUUGGCACGCAAGUUAGCACCCUCGAUUGUGUUUAUGGAUGAGAUCGAUUCGAUCUUGUCUUCAAGGUCAGAAGGUGAAAAUGAGAGUACAAGACGUAUCAAGAAUGAAUUUCUUGUGCAAUGGUCAGAACUUUCUAGUGCUGCUGCUGGCCGUGAGUCAAAUGAAGACGUGUCACGCGUCCUUAUUCUCGGAGCCACCAACUUGCCAUGGUCUAUUGAUGAAGCAGCCAGGAGAAGAUUUGUGCGUCGACAAUAUAUCCCGUUGCCUGAACCUGAGGCGAGAAAGUUUCAAAUUAUGAAGUUAUUGCAAUAUCAAAAGCAUACCUUAUCAGAUGAGGAUUACGACAAGUUGAUUGAAUUGACUGAUGGAUUUAGUGGUAGUGAUAUAACAGCACUAGCCAAGGACUCUGCCAUGGGCCCCUUGAGAUCUUUAGGAGAUAAGUUAUUGCUGACUCCUACUGAUCAAAUUAGACCUAUUAGUUUGGAGGAUUUCGAAAACAGUUUAAAGUAUAUUCGACCUAGUGUAUCGAAGGAAGGGCUUCAAGAGUACGAGGAUUGGGCAACAAAGUUUGGAUCAAGUGGGGCAUAA